UUAAAACAUGGAUUCAUAGUGCCCCAUCUCUCCCAACUUCCUAAAGCAGAUUUCUUUGCCAGGUGACCGAUGAGAGUGGUUCAAGACUUUAAGCAACAAUAAGAGGAUCAAUUACGGUGUAUGCCCUUUGGACUGCUGGUUCGGGAGGACGGUACUACCACCAAUGGCCACAAGGUGGCAGCAGGGAAUGGAAGGAGAAAUAAGCCCGGCAGAGAUGAGGGGAAGAAUGAGGAGCUGAGUCUUUAUCACCAUCUCUUCAACAACUAUGACCCAGAAUGCCGGCCAGUGAGGGGGCCUGAGGACACUGUCACCGUCAGCCUCAAGGUCACCCUGACCAACCUCAUUUCACUGAACGAGAAGGAGGAGACCCUCACUACUAACGUAUGGAUUGGAAUCGACUGGCAAGAUUACCGACUCAACUUCAGCAAGGACGACUUUGGGGGCUUAGAAACCCUGCGGGUCCCUUCGGACCGUGUAUGGCUACCAGAAAUUGUACUGGAAAACAACAUUGAUGGCCAGUUCGGCGUGGCCUACGAUGCCAAUGUGCUGAUCUACCCAGGUGGCUAUGUGACCUGGUUGCCUCCAGCCAUCUACCGCAGCACCUGCGCCAUGGAAGUCACCUACUUCCCCUUUGACUGGCAGAACUGCUCCCUCAUUUUCCGCUCUCAGACUUACAGUGCCAAAGAAGUGGAGUUUGUCUUUGCCGUGGAUGACAAUGGGGACGCCAUCAACAAGAUCGAAAUCGACACCGAAGCCUUUACUGAGAAUGGUGAGUGGGCCAUCGACUUUUGCCCCGGGGUGAUCCACUACCACGACGGUGGCUCUGCUGACCACCCGGGAGAAACUGACGUCAUCUACACGCUCAUCAUCCGCCGGAAGCCGCUGUUCUACGUGAUCAACAUCAUCGUGCCUUGUGUGCUCAUUUCCGGCCUGGUGGUGCUGGCCUACUUCCUGCCGGCACAGGCUGGCGGCCAGAAAUGCACCGUCUCUAUCAACGUCCUGCUGGCCCAGACUGUCUUCUUGUUCCUAAUUGCUCAGAAAAUCCCAGAGACAUCUCUGAGUGUGCCGCUGCUGGGCAAGUACCUCAUCUUCGUCAUGGUGGUCGCCACCCUCAUCGUCAUGAACUGCGUCAUUGUGCUCAACGUGUCUCUGCGGACGCCCACCACGCACGCCGCGUCCCCGCGACUGCGCCACGUUUUGCUGGAGCUGCUGCCGCGCCUCCUGGGCUCCGCACCGCCCCCAGAGGCUGCCCAAGCCGCGUCGCCGCCGCGGCGGGCGUCCUCCGUGGGCAUCCUGCUGCGAGCAGAGGAGCUGAUUCUGAGAAAGCCGCGGAGCGAGCUGGUGUUUGAAGGGCAGAGGCACCGGCACGGGGCCUGGACGGCUGCCCUCUGCCAGAGCCUGAGCGCCGCGGCGCCGGAGAUCCGCUGCUGUGUGGAUGCUGUGAACUUCGUGGCGGAGAGCACGCGAGACCAGGAGACAGUCGGCGAGGAGGUGUCCGACUGGGUGCGCAUGGGGAAGGCCCUGGACAACGUCUGUUUCUGGGCCGCGCUGGUGCUCUUCAGCGUAGGCUCCAGCCUCAUCUUCCUUGGGGGCUACCUCAACCAAGUGCCCGAUCUCCCCUACCCACCAUGUAUCCAGCCUUAGACCUGUGCCUGCACACACUUCAACUUUCCUGCCCACUUUAGCAGGAAAUAGAUUCUGAAAGACAAGCUGCUGUCAAUAAUCAUCUUUUCCCACUGCUGACAAUAAAUAUUUCAUGAACUUCCCA